AGAUUUUGUUUGUCAAUGUCAAUCAAACAAAACAAAUUUUGUUUGCUGUUUAUUCGGCUUGAUUUUAUUUUGUGAUUAAUAACUUAAAUAACAUAGUAGAAUAAAAAUGAAGUUAACCGUAGACGGGUUACUGGUUUAUUUUCCUUACGAUUAUAUUUAUCCAGAGCAGUAUGCGUAUAUGUUGGAAUUAAAACGUGCUCUGGAUGCGAAGGGCCAUGGUUUGCUGGAGAUGCCUUCUGGAACUGGGAAGACCAUAUCCUUGUUGUCCCUCAUUGUAGCCUACAUGCUGCAAAAUCCUCAUCAUGUCAGAAAACUAAUUUACUGUUCCCGUACUGUGCCUGAAAUAGAAAAGGUGUUAGAAGAAUUAAAGAAUCUUAUUAAGUAUUAUGAGAAGAGUAUUGGUGAAAUACCAAACCUUACUGGUGUUGUGCUCAGUUCCCGGAAAAAUCUGUGCAUACAUCCUGAGGUAUCAAAAGAAAGAGAAGGCAAAAUGGUGGAUGGCAAGUGCCACUCUCUAACUGCAAGCUACAUAAGAGAAAGAAAUGAGAAGGAUCCUAGCGUACCCACUUGUCAAUUUUAUGAAGGUUUUCAAAGAGAAGGCAAGGAAUCUAUGCUCCCAUAUGGAGUGUACACAAUGGACGACCUCAAACAGUAUGGCGCGGACCGGAAUUGGUGUCCUUACUUCCUCGCACGAUUUGCUAUAAUCCACGCAGACAUAAUAGUUUACUCUUACCAUUACCUACUCGACCCAAAGAUAGCAGAGGUCGUGUCCAAAGAAUUAAACAGAGAAGCGGUGGUAGUGUUCGAUGAGGCUCAUAACAUAGACAAUGUGUGCAUAGACUCGCUGAGCGUGAAGAUCACGCGCAGAACCAUAGACAGGAGCACGCAGGCGCUGCAGACGCUGGAGAAGACUGUCGCCAGAUUACGCGAGGAAGACUCGGCCCGCCUUACGGCGGAGUACGAGCAACUCGUGGAAGGACUGAGGGAAGCGGCCGCAGCCAGAGACGCUGAUGCGGUGCUUGGGAACCCCGUACUACCAGAUGAAGUGCUGGACGAGGUAGUCCCCGGCAAUAUCAGAAAUGCAGAACAUUUUCUCUGUUUUCUAAGAAGAUUCAUAGAAUAUGUGAAGACAAGACUGAGGAUACAACACGUCGUGCAAGAAUCCCCUGCAGGUUUCCUCAAGGACGUAGCGUCGCGCGUGUGCAUCGAGCGGAAGCCGCUGCGGUUCUGCGCCAGCCGCCUGGCGGCGCUGCUGCGCACGCUCGAGGUCGCCGACCCCUCGCACUUCUCCGCGCUCACGCUGGUCACGCACCUGGCAACACUAGUCUCGACCUACACUAAAGGAUUCACAAUUAUAAUAGAGCCGUUUGAUGAUAAAACGCCAACAGUAUCGAACCCCAUCUUGCAUUUUACAUGUAUGGACUCUUCAAUAGCGAUGAGACCGGUAUUCGCGAGGUUUCAAACAGUAAUUAUAACUUCAGGAACCCUGUCGCCCCUGGACAUGUACCCGAAGAUCUUGGACUUCAACCCGGUCAUCAUGAGCUCAUUCACCAUGACGCUGGCACGACCUUGUAUAUUGCCAAUGAUCGUGUCGAAAGGUAGCGACCAAGUGGCGAUAUCGUCGAAGUACGAGUCGCGCGAGGACGUCGCCGUCAUACGGAACUAUGGGCAGCUGCUAGUCGAGAUAGCAUCUUGUGUGCCGGAUGGCGUGGUUUGCUUCUUCACGUCCUACUUAUAUUUGGAGAGCGUGGUCGGCGCUUGGUAUGACCAGGGAGUAGUGGCCAGUUUACAGCGACACAAGUUGUUGUUCAUUGAGACGCAGGAUUCGGCUGAAACCAGUUUCGCGCUCAUCAAUUAUAUCAAGGCGUGCGAAAGCGGUCGCGGCGCCGUCUUACUGUCGGUGGCUCGCGGCAAAGUAUCGGAGGGCGUGGACUUCGACCACCACCUGGGCCGCGCGGUGCUCAUGUUCGGCAUCCCGUACGUGUUCACCCAGAGCCGCAUCCUCAAGGCCAGGCUGGACUACCUGCGGGACCAGUUCCAGAUCCGCGAGAAUGAUUUCCUGACGUUCGACGCUAUGCGACACGCGGCACAGUGCGUUGGCAGAGCUUUGCGUGGUAAAACUGACUACGGCAUCAUGAUCUUCGCGGACAAGCGUUUCAGUCGGGCAGACAAGCGCACGAAGCUGCCGCGGUGGAUACAGGAGCACCUCAAGGACUCUCUGUGCAAUCUCAGCACAGAGGAGGCUGUGCAGAUCUGCAAGCGCUGGCUCCGCCAGAUGGCGCAGCCGUUUACUCGAGAAGAUCAACUCGGCGUGUCUCUGCUGACGCUGCAACAGCUGCAGUCGCAAGAGCAGCAGGAGAAGAUCGAGCGGCAGGUCAUACAGAAGUGAGAAAUUUAAGUUCUCGCUCCUGUGAUAUUGGAGGAGAGACAAGUUACGUCAACCAACGUAAUUUUGUCAAAUAAAAGUGAUAAAUAACAACUAGUCACAUUGAAGAGUCACAGUGCACAAAUUAACUAGAUCUGGUUCCGCUAGAUGGCGCAACUCCAGUAACUCGCAACGACUAGCUGGGUUGUUGUGUGGGUGAUGGUCUCUGUUGACGCUACAAUAGCAGCAGUGCACAAAAGAUCAAGCGACAUGUCAUUAGUGAGAAUUUUUUCAUUACUUGGUUAUUCUGGAGAGAAAUUAGUGACUAAUUCACCAGGAAUGUUAUGCCAAGUGGCGCAAGCGUAAGUAUGCGUAAGCACGUAAGAGCUGCAAUCACAAAAACAGGAAAAGAUCAAUCGGCAGGUCUCAUUUUGUGACAUUGAAGAGAAGUUAGUGUCAAAUUCACUUGUUAUGAAAUCAUUGGCCAUCAACUAACCAACAUAUCAACCCAAUGGCGCAGCUAAUUCGCAAGGUCGAAUUUUGAUUGAGGCAAGAGUUAAUUUUAUAUGUUUUAUAAGUACGUAAACGUUCUCGUUGUAAAUAAAAUGUUGAUAAGAUUAAGAUUCGUCCAAAGUUGAUAAUAAAGUUGUGUAAAUAUAACAAACUCUUU